GCAGCUCGGGCUUGGCGAGCGACGCCCGGUCCAGGCUCGGCUCCCGCUCCGUAUUAGGUCAUUGGGGGGGCAGGCGGCGCGAGGGGAGGCGUGCGCGGCGGAAGGGGACGCGGAGCGGGCCCCGGUGUGCAGAGGGGCCGCUCUUCCUAGCGCCGCCGCCACCUUGGUUGGGGACCCACGAGGCCGCUGCGUCCUGCCCUCAGAACAAUGGGACUCGGCGCGCGAGGUGGCUGGGCCGUGGUGAUGCUGGGGGCGCUGCUGCUGCUAGCCCUGCUGAAGGUCGCCGUGGACAGCUCAGACCAGGAGAGAUUUUCAAGCAGCACAGUGAGAUCUAUGGUCCCACAGAACACCGGUACUACAUCACCAGGGACUACCACACAUGUGUCUUCCAGCCAUAUAAAUGCAUCUUCCAGCAGCACUGUGAAACCAUCAACAACUCCAUUUUCUUCAAAGAAUAUGACAACCACCACUUUGAAACCCGUAGCGACAUCUAAAAUGACAACACCGGGGGUCUCAACAAAAAUGACUUCCACCACCUUAAAGUCUACACCCAAAAUAACAAGUGUUUCACAAAACACAUCCCAGAUGUCAACAUCCACGAUGACCACAACCCACAAUAGUUCCAUGAUGACUACCACCCACAAUGGUUCAGUGACAUCUGUCUCUUCAUCAGUAACUAUCACAGCAACUGUUAAUUCCAAAGAAAAUAAAGGAUCAAAAUUUGAUACUGGCAGUUUUGUUGGUGGUAUCGUAUUAACACUGGGAAUUUUAUCUAUUCUUUACAUGGGAUGCAAAAUAUAUUAUUCAAGAAGGGGCAUUCGGUAUACAACCAUUGAUGAACAUGAUGCCAUCAUUUAAGGAAAUCCAAGGACCAAUGGAAAGAAGAAAUAUUGAUGCAGCCCUAUCAAUUAGUUUUGGUUUAUUAUUGGUUAAAAUGAUACUCUCCUCGAAAAUAGAACAAACAGGCCAUGCCUAUAAUUUACAAGGUAUUAUAUAAAUGUGUAAAAAUUCCUCAUGAUCACUAAAGAUAAAAAGAUUUGGUUUAGGUUUUUUAAUGAACAUUUGGAGCAUACAGUUAGUGAAAUGGUUAUAUUCACUUUUCGAAAAUACAUAGUAAGACAAACAAGUCCUGUUUCCUUUUUUUUUCGUGGCAUUGGCCACAUGGGGCCAGUAAUCGGAAGACAUCAUCACUGAGGGCACAAUGCCAUCUGGGCAUACAAAUAAGGAGCUUGUCACACACUUAGGAUUUUGACUGUCUUUGUUGCUCACACAAAGAACUUCAGUGCUAUUCAGAGCUGGAUAUAUCCUAAUUACUAAUGCCACACAGCAGAAAUUAUACAAGUAAACCAGAUCUUCAGCAUAAUUUUAGUUUAAGUGUCUCUUCAGAAAACAUCAAUAAUUUAUAUGUUUUAAAGCUUAGUACUUGGUUUAGGAGCAAAACGCAUGCCCCCCCACCCCAAAAAUCGAAACCAGAAACAGUCCCUGGGCUUAGCUCUGUUAGAGCCACUGGAGAGCCUGUAUGUUUAUUAAUAACUUCUUUUGAGCUUUCAGUGGCAGUUGAUAUGGUUAUCUUUUUUUCACUAUGUGAUUUCAGUAAUUGCAAUGUUUAACAUGAUGGUUUAAAAACUUAGUAUUAAAUAAGUUAGAUUAUUUGCUACUGUGAGAAUAUUGUCACCACUGGAAAUUAUUUCGUACUCAGCUGUUAAUUUUAUCUUUAGUGAAUAUUUUUAAGAGAUAGAGAGCUGCUUUCAAUAUCUAGAAAUGUUUAAUGUAGUGUAAACAUGCCUAACUUUAAAAAAAAGAGCCCCUUAUAUGAUUUCCAAAACAACAUUUAGAACUGUAUACACAGAACUAUAGAUUAAUGCUCUGUUUAUCAAGCCAGGGAUUGUGGGGGCCCCCCUCAGGCUACUAAACCCACAGGAUGAAAAUGUUGCAUAUUCAUGCACCAUCGAUUUUACUCAAAGAUUUGGGGAAACAGCAUUUUUAUACUAAAGCACCAGUGUAUUUUGGAAUAGAUUCCUAUGGAGUUUUAAAACAGGAAUUUUUAAGAAUUUUUAACUUCCUGCUUCUUUAUUUGGGUAUUUUUCAGCCCUCUCCUCUUCCUCCCUUGCUGAAGAGGAGGCAUUUUCAUAUGUAUUAUGUUAAUGGAGAGAAAAAGCACAGUAUUUUAGGGAUACCAAUAUUAGCCAAGGUAUUUUGAAGUGUUUUCGGUUUUAGUUUAUAUUACAACACACAAAACUCAGGGUCAAGUUUUGACAAAAGAUGUAUUUAGUCAUACUGAAUACUGAGAUAGUAUUUCUAUCUUAGGUGGUCAAAGUAAAUCACACCAAUUUCUGAUAGUCCAAAAAUCAGCUAAGGAGUCCUAAUGAACAUGUACCUACAAUUAAUAUGAAUUAAAUGUAUCUUUUGUGGUCAGCUUUUGGUUUGCAGAGAAUGCCGUAUGUCAGGAAUUUUGAUAUAAAAGGAUCAUUUUACUUACUGUGCAUUAUUGCCAAUUGAUAUGAUGAAUAAGGAUGAUAAAAAUCCAAAAUAUGGAUAUGAUGGGAUGUAUGUGACACAUGCAGUGUGGAGGAAAUAUUAUGAAACCUGUUUAUAUUAGUUCAAAAGAGAAAUGUGGGAUGAUAGGUAAGUUCUCUGUUACUAACUUAGCCCUAGCUGGUCUUUCAACCACUGCUUUCAUUUCUUUGCAAAACGUACUAAGAUAUAUUUUAUAGUAAUGGGGCCUUUUCAGUUUAACUUGUUUUGUCUCCUGCAUUCUUGAUAUUUCAGUACUUCAAGUCAGUCAGAACUUUGUAGACAGGCCUGAAACUUUCUUCUAUACUUGCUUCUUUAGCACUUUGAAGAUAUAAAACCACUUUUUAAGUACUAAAUGUCGAAAUUUGCCUUUCAAGUUUCCUGUGCUUUGGGUUUGAAAUAAUUUAGUUAUGUCUUUUCUCUGUAUGUAAAUUGUAUAAUUUGUUAUUUUCAAAUACCAGUGCUUCAAUGCAGUCAGUUUCUUUGGUUCUCUGCAAAAAUUGAGGGAACUGGUGAUGCAAACCAAUAUUCUGCUUUGGAGCACAUUUCCUAAGCAUAAAUGUAUCUUCCUGAUUAUGUUUACUUAAGCAAAUGUUCAAUUUUGUUUGCAGUCCUUGAGAAUGUAUUUACUUGAAGAUAAAAGCAAUCCAGAUGUAUGUCUAAAUAUUAGGCAGAAUCCAAUCUAUGAUUUUAAAAUUUCUUUGGAUAAUCCAUAAAAUGAAUAAUUCAAAUACAGAUAAGAGUGGUAGCAUAUUACAGUGAUCAUUUUGUAUUUUUCAGAAAAAAACAUUUAAAGCAAAUUCCUAUUAGUUUUUUUUCUUUUUAUUAUAAGGAUCAGCUUUUGGUAUUUCAUUGUUACUGAGAUCUAUUUUUAGAAUAAAAUUUUGUUCUCCACCUAAGA